AUGCGUCUCUGCUUCUCUCUGCUUAUCUCGCUGUUCGUAGUUGUAUUCUCUGCUGUCUGUACAAUGCAUACUGCUUCUGCAGCUCCUUCGGGUGAAGACCUGCAGCAGAAGCUGCAGAGUGCCUCACAGGUUGUAGAGUUCUCGCAUAUCGCUGGAUCUGAAGGUGGUGAUACAGCAGAAGUGCGUGUACGUGUGGGGUCUACAGUAGCAGUACGCGUCCGGUGUACAGGGGGGCAUAGAGCAGUCAUGUUAUCUGCUGAGAAGGUUUCUGCUGCAGCAGACUCAGAUGCAGCAGCAGCAGCAGUAGCAGCAGCAGCAGAAAAAGCAAAACAAAUCCCUUCUUCUUCAGAAGAUGUUCUUAAACUCGUUGAAGAGGGGCCUCCAAUGCCGGAGGGUCUUUCUGUUGUUCUACCAACCCCUUUUACUGGUCCGAAUGCUGAGGGUUUGGGUUUGGUUGGUGCUCCGACUCCUUACGUAAGUACAGUAACUGUAGAUACAGCUGGACUGUAUACAGUUCUUUUCGGCAGUGUUCGGCCUUGGGCGCCUCAAGGAGGGGCUGUCUUUGUCUUAACGAUUAUUGCUGUACCUGAGUGA